AUGGCUAAUCCAGUAGACGCACAGGAGGACAUUGCCGUCAUCGGGCUGGGCCUGAAGUUUCCUGGUGAUGCCAGCACUCCAGAAGCCUUCUACGACCUGCUCCUGGAGGGACGGUCAGCUCUCCAGGAGACCCCACAAAACCGGUACAACAUCGAUGCAUUCUAUCAUCCUGACCAUGAGAGAUUUGGGGCUGUCAACGUCAGGCAUGCUCACUAUUUGAAAGAAGACAUUGCGGCCUUCGACGCUCCUUUCUUCUCCAUCACACCCAAUGAGGCUGUCUUCUUGGACCCACAACAGCGUGGUCUCCUCGAAACUGUCUACCAUGCACUCGAGAAUGCGGGUAUUCCCAUGUCAGCCGCAGUCGGAUCCAAUACUUCAGUGCAUAUGGGAUGCUUCACCAACGACUACAGCACGGUCUUGACGCGAGACCCCGAUGCAGACCUGACUUAUUCUGCAACGGGUGUCAGCGCUUGUCUGUUGUCGAACCGCAUGAGCUGGUUCUACGAUUUCAAAGGCCCCAGUCUGACACUCGACACGGCAUGCUCGAGCAGCCUCAACGCCGUGCAUCUUGGGAGCGCCAGUCUGAGGUCCGGUGAGGUUAAUAUGGCCGUUGUUGGUGGAUGCAACCUGUUCUACAACCCGGACACAACCCUUCCCCUGUCCAACCUCGGCUUCCUAUCACCAGACGGGAAAUGCCACUCCUUCGACUCACGCGCCAACGGCUACUCCCGCGGCGAAGGCUUCGGAGUCGUCAUCCUAAAGCGCGUCUCAGACGCGAUCCGCGACGGCGACACCAUCCGCGCAGUGAUCCGCGGCUCCUCGUCCAACCAGGACGGCAAGUCACCCGGCAUCACACAGCCCACGCGUGCCGGGCAGGAAGACCUCAUCCGCACUGCGUACCGGCGCGCAGGCCUCUCGCUCGACCAGACGCGCUUCUUUGAGGCCCAUGGCACGGGCACGCCGAUCGGAGACCCGAUUGAGGCGGGCGCGAUCGGGGAUGUGUUCGCGCCCCAUCGCUCGGCGGAUGACCCCAUGUACGUUGGUGCCCUGAAGAGUAACGUUGGUCAUCUGGAGGGCGCUGCGGGCGUGGCUGGUUUGAUCAAAGCCAUCCAUGUCGUUGAGAGUGGUGUGAUCCCUCCCAACCUGCACUUCGAGGAGAUAAAUCCCAAGGUGCUGGCAGGGCCGUGGAAACUCAAAUUCCCGCUGCAGCCAACGGCCUGGCCUGUUUCAGGACUGAGGCGCGCGAGUGUCAACUCCUUUGGUUUUGGAGGCAGUAAUGCACAUGUCAUCCUGGACGAUGCAUACCAUUAUCUCGCUGAACGCGGGCUGGUGGCAGUUCACAGAACCAUCAUUGGACCCAAGUCUACGUUGCCGAUUAUCAAUGGUAACAGCAUCACAAACGGCAACGGGCAUGCCAAUGGUAAUGGCCACCAUCUGAAUGGAAAUGGACAACACCACGGCAAUGGACACCUCAACGGAAACGGGCACCUGAAUGGCAAUGGCCACCUGAACGGUGAUGCAUCCACAAAGCCCAAGCAGCGUAUCUUCCCCCUCUCGGCGUACGAUCAAGCGGGUGUCGAGCGUUUGUCAAGGUCUCUUUCCGAAUAUCUUGAUCGUCAGAUCCCUAAGAUCAAAGAAGAGGAGAAAUACCUCACAGAUCUGAGCCACACGCUUGCUUCCAAGCGCACAAACUUUCCCUGGCGCACAACUGUGAAGGCCGAGAGCCUUGAGCAGCUUAAGCAAGUCCUCUCAACCGCGCCCGCUGCUGUGCGCAUUGGCACUGACAACGGCCGUCUUGCGCUGGUUUUCACUGGUCAGGGAGCCCAGUGGGCGGGAAUGGGCCGCGAGCUCAUCGCUGGCUAUCCUGUCUUCUCGAAGAGUCUGGAGGAUGCAGAUGCCUACCUCCAAAGCCUGGGAAGCUCUUGGUCGGUGUUUGAUAUCCUGCAGGAUGCCAAGCUCAUCAGCAAGGCCGAGUACAGCCAACCUAUUUGUACCGUGCUGCAAGUGGCUUUGAUUGCUUUGCUUCGCAGCUGGUCUGUCCAGCCAGGCGCUGUCGUUGGGCACUCAUCUGGCGAGAUGGCUGCCGCACAUGCUGCAGGCGCCUUGUCUCGCGAGGAUGCAUGGAGAAUCGCGUACUAUCGCGGUCUUCUCACUCCCAAACUCGCGUCUGCUACUGCCGGUGACGAUGCCGACAUGGGCAUGGUCUCGGUCGCUCUUGACGCCGAGACCGCUCUUGAGCACAUUCGUGCAGUGGAUGGCGACAGCGGCAAUCUGGUCAUUGCUUGCUUCAACAGCCCCAAGAAUGUGACCGUCAGCGGGAGCAGUUCGAGCAUCGCGGCUUUGCAGGCAAGGCUGGGUGACUCCGUCUUCAACCGCAAGCUGCGCGUGGAAAAUGCGUAUCACUCCAAGUUCAUGCAGCCUAUAGCAGAAGAGUACAGGCAACUGAUUGGAGAAAUCGAGAAACACCCUGCCCAAGCCUUGUACGGCGAACAUGGGCCUCCAUUGUUUUAUUCCAGUCUAACAGGUGAUCGCCUGCGAGUACAGGAGCUGCAAACAGCCGACUACUGGGUCGGUAACUUGGUCUCACCCGUCAGGUUCUCUGAAGCCGUAUCUAGCCUCCUGACAGAUCGCUCGGCUGCUUCUGCAAAGUCCAAUGUCCAGCUGAAUCUUGACCGUGUCACCGAGAUCAUUGAAGUCGGACCUCACUCAGCACUACAAGGGCCUCUACGCGAAAUCAUGGACAAGAUCCCCAGCUCCAAGGGAACGAAUUACAUCUCUUUGCUGCGAAGGAACACGGGGGCCGUUGAUACUGCACUGUUGACUGCCGCGUUUCUUUCCUCUCGUGGCCAAGCCAUUGACGUGGAUGCCGUCAAUCGCAACACCGAUGGCAGCCAAGUCCCGCCGCGGAUGCUUGUCGACCUUCCGCCAUAUCCGUUCAACCACACCAAAACAUACUGGAAAGAGUCGCGCCUUAGCAAGGGCUACCGUUUCCGCCAAGCACCACGUCAUGAGCUCCUCGGUGCCCCAGUGCCUGACUGGAACAAGAACAAUGCUAUCUGGCGCAACUAUAUCCGCUUGAAUGAGAACCCUUGGAUCAAAGACCACCGCAUCACAGGGAGUCUUCUGUACCCAGGUGCCGGCAUGCUCGUGAUGGCCAUCGAGGCGAUGCGGCAGCUCGCCAACCCGAAAAAGGUUCUCAGGGGAUUCCGUUUCAAGGAAGUAGUGUUCCAAGUUGCCCUGAGGAUACCAACCGGCACUGAUGGCAUUGAGACACACCUGCAUGUUCGCCCAUACUUUGACAGCACUUCCAGCACGUCGUCCAACUGGAGCGAGUUCCGGCUCUCGAGUAUCGAUGGCGAUGAGUGGCGUGACCACUGCCGGGGCCUGGUCCAAGCUGACUAUGAGGUGCCUCUAAACCCCAUCGACAAUGGGCUAGAGCAACGGCUGUUCCUCGAGACGACUGCGGAAGCAGUUGCUCAGGGCGAAAAGACCUGUCGCACACGUGUAGCGCCUAUUCAGCUGUACGAGCUGUUGCACACAGUCGGCUUCGACUUUGGCGAGACCUUCCAGACUCUCACGGAUGUUGGGUUGAAUGCGGAUGAGCGCAGUGCCAUCGCAACAGUCUCUGCCCCUGACAUCAGAAGCAAAAUGCCGCUCGGUUACGUCCAGCCGCACCUGAUCCACCCCACCACCUUAGACGGUGUUCUUCAGAGUGCUAUUGUGGCCUUGACGAAGGGUGGAAGAGACACGGCUGACGCCAUGGUGCCCACAUCCAUCAAAGAGCUCUGGAUAUCAGCUGAUGCUGAAGCGUCACACCAGCAACUCCGCGUCGUAGCCAACGCGAAGACACUCGGUCUGCGUCAAGCCACAGCAACUGCGACAGGAAUUGAUCCUGCCACGAACAAACCACUCAUUACCAUUGACGGAUUUGUGUCGACAGCCAUCUCUGGUGGCGACAAACAAAGCAGUUCAGAAGAUGCAGCCCAUCAUCACUUGUGCUUCAACACGGCCUGGAAGCCCGACAUUGACCUCCUGACCCAAGACGGCGCCGUCAGGCUCUUCGUUCCACCCGAGGAGCUGACGCAAUUCAAUCCCACCGAGGUCAUCGCCGACACAGAGCGGCUGUGUUACCUCUACUUGAAGCGGUACAUGAAGACCCACGACGAGAGUAAGAUCGACGCCAGCAAACCCUGGUAUCAGAUCUACCUCAACUGGAUGCGCCACCAGAUCGAAAACUUUGCUCAGGGGAAGCUGAUCCACGCUGUCACUGCCAACGAAAACUGGGACGAGCUGGCGGAAGAUGACGACUAUUUCUACGCGCUUGAGGCAAAGCUAGCCGACUCCACGCCCGAGGCCAUCAUGACCGUUGCAGUUGGUAAAGUACUUGCCGAGUGUCUGCACGGCAAAAUCGAUCCGCUGGAGGUUUUCUUCAAGGAUGCCCUCAUGGACAAGGUGUACUCGCAUGGCACGGGUGCCGAGCUUGGAUACUCAUAUGUCGUUACUUAUAUCGACCAUAUUGCUCACAAGAACUCCGACAUCACUAUCCUCGAGGUGGGUGCUGGAACAGGAGGUGCGACUGUGCCGAUGCUGGAAGCGUUGUGCAGGCAUGGCGAAGGUCAAGGUGCGCCACGGUUUGAGAGAUACGAUUUCACCGAUCUCUCGCCAGCGUUCUUUGAGAAGGCGGAGAAGAAGUUUGCGAGGACUGCCGAUAGAAUGAUAUUCAAGACGCUUAACAUUGAGAACGACCCCAUCGAGCAGGGUUUCAAAUCCGACACAUACGAUGUGAUCAUUGCGGCCAAUGUCAUCCACGCAACUACCAACAUCGAUCACACCCUGACAAACUGCUUCAAGAUGCUCAAGCCAGGUGGUAAGCUGAUCCUCAACGAGCUCACCAACCCUGAUGCCAUCCGCACGGGGUUCGGGUUUGGCCUACUCUAUGGCUGGUGGCUAUCCGAAGAGCCACAUCGCCAAUGGGGGCCUUUGAUGAGCGCGGCACAAUGGGACAUGCAUCUGAAACGCGUCGGGUUCAGUGGUGUAGACUUGGAGUUUACCGACUACGCUGGCAAAGCGGAUCAUCUGAACGGCGUACUGGUCGCCACGAAGCUGGACGACGAGGCCAGGAAUGCCUCAAAGGCGCUCCCAGAGACGCUGGUGGUUUACAAUGAGACCUCGCAACCCCAGAAAGAUGUCUUGUCCGAAAUCCUCAAGAAGACGCCUACCGCCCAGGGUCUUUCACUUGAGGAUCUCCCUCGCGCCGAGUUUGCCGACAAGCUUGUGAUCUUCCUCGCUGAACUAGAUAGCCCGCUGCUCGACCGCCUCGACGAAGCCACCUUCGAAGCCCUCCAGCGCAUGACGACAAGCCUGGACUCACUCUUGUGGGUGACCCAAGGCGGGGGCGCAUCACCAAGUAACCCGGACAGCGAGAUGGUCACCGGAUUCGCUCGGGUGAUCCGCCAGGAGAACCCAACAUUGAAGUUCAUCACACUCGCCAUCGAUGAAAUUGGGUCCGCGGAAGCUGCUGCUGCAACAACAAUCAACACGAUCGAUUCGGUGUUGGGGAAGAAGAUGAGGACUGGAAAGACCCCCGACAACAGCUUCUGGGAGAGCGAGGGUGUGAUGCACGUCCCGCGUCUGGUGGAGGCAAACGACAUGAACAAUGCCGUGGCGCGCAAGACAACCGAGCAGACUGCCCACCCCGGAAGAUUCGGCGACGAGAAAGCCCUGAAGCUUGUGGUUGGGUCCCCCGGCCUGUUGGACACGCUGCAGUUCAUCGACGACCCGAGGUACGACUCCCCCCUGCAAGACGGGGAGGUCGAGUUUAAGGUGGCCGCCGCGGGCCUCAACUUCCUCGACGUGAUGAUUGCCCUCGGCCAGGUCAUCGGCGAGAACCUGGGCUGCGAGGGAGCCGGUGUCGUGACCCGCGUAGGCCCCAACACGAGCCGGUUUGCAGUCGGCGACCGGGUUUGCGGUCUCGCGCCGGGCACGUUCAACACGUUCGCGCGCACGAAGCAGACCUCUCUCGCAAAGAUUCCCUCCAAUCUGUCAAUGUCCGGUGCCGCGGGCUUUACUGUCGUCUACGUCACGGCGUACGCAGCACUGGUCGAUAUCGCAAACAUCCAGCCGGGAGAGACAGUGCUUAUCCAUGCUGCAGCCGGCGGUGUGGGACAGGCCUGUAUCCAGCUCGCCAAGGUGCGCGGCGCCGAAGUCUUCGCGACUGUUGGGUCCGUCGAGAAGCGAGACCUGCUGAUGAACACCUACGGCGUACCCCAAGACCACAUCCUAUCGAGUCGUGAUCUCACCUUCGCCCAAGGAAUCAAGCGCCUUACCAAAGGCCGUGGUGUUGACGUCGCUGUGAACUCGCUUUCUGGUGAUGCCUUGCGUGCCACGUGGGAGUGCAUGGCGCCUUUUGGCCGGUUCGUCGAGGUCGGUAAGAUUGAUAUCUACAGUUCGGCGAGGCUGAACAUGGCCGUCUUCAAGAACAACGUCAGCUUUGAAUUUGUGGAUAUCAGUUUCAUUAAUGCGAAUGAUCCACCGCGGUUUGCGAACAUUAUUGAGAGUCUGAUGUCACUCGUUGAAGCUGGCAAGAUCGGGCCGCUGGAGCCGACGCAAGAGUUCACUUUUGGGAAGAUGCAGGAGAGCUUCAGGUAUAUGCAGAGUGGUGCACACUCGGGCAAGAUCGUCUUGGUGCCUGAAGAGGAUGAUGAAGUCCCCGUUGUCCCUAGCCAAAAGGAGUCCUAUGACUUCGAUCCUUCCGUUUCAUUCGUCAUCGCUGGAGGCUUGGGUGGCCUUGGUCGCAGCAUGGCGCGGUGGAUGGCCAAACGCGGCGCAAGGAAUCUGAUCUUACUCUCUCGCUCUGGAAAUACGAGCGAAACCUCACGAGAACUGGUAUCGGACCUUGAGUCCCAAGGCGUCAAAGUUGCAACACCAGCUUGCGACGUUUCAGACCUCUCUGCUCUCCAAGCCGCGCUGAACGAGUGCAACAUGCCACCCAUCAAGGGCUGCAUCCAAGGCUCAAUGGUACUCAAAGACAGCACAUUCGCCAACAUGACGCUCAUGGACUGGAACACCGCAAUCCGCCCCAAGGUAGCCGGCUCCUGGAACCUCCACCACGCCCUGCCCAAAGACCUCGACUUCUUCGUCCUGCUCAGCUCCAUCGCAACCAUAUGGGGCAACAGGGGACAGUCCAACUACUCAGCCGGCAACUCCUUCCAGGACGCCCUCGCCCGCCACCGCGUCCUCAACGGCCAAGCCGCCACCGUCCUAGACCUGGGCAUGAUCCUCAGCGUCGGCUACGUCGCCGAGAACGAGGCAGACCUCGUCACGCACCUGCGCAAGAUGGGCGCCGAGGGCAUGCGCGAGGAGGAGCUGCACGCCAUCCUCAACGAGCUGUGCGCCCCCUCGGGCGUGUCGCCACCGCCCUCCCUGCUCAAGAGCCAGAUCUCCCUGGGCCUGCAGCUCCCCGAGACCCGCGCCGUGGCCGGCGAGGAGUACUGCGACUGGAUGAGCGACCCGCUCGUGCGGCACCUGCACCAGAUCCGCACGCGGUCCGGGGCCGUCGAGACGGAGGCGCAGACGGCGAACUACGGCUUGCUGCUGGCGGCGGCGGAGAGCCCCGAGGCGGCGGCGGAGAUCGUGUAUGAUGGGUUGAAGAUCAAGCUUGUCAAGGCGCUGAAUAUCUCGGCCGAAGAGGUGGACCCGAACAAGCCCUUGCAUGGGAUGGGCGUCGAUUCGCUGGUGGCGGUUGAGCUGCGGACAUGGAUUUUGCGGCAGUUCAAUGCUGACGUGGCCGUGUUUGAUCUCAUGGAGGUUGCGAGUAUCAGAUUGUUGGCGGUGAUGAUCGUGACGAGGAGUGGAUUUGUGAACAAGGCCGACGUAAGUGAAGGGUAG